AUGACUGAAACCCUUAAACUUAGAGGUACCCUAUGCGGUCAUAAUGGCUGGGUUACGCAAAUUGCUACGAAUCCUAAAUACCCUGAUAUGAUCCUAUCGUCUUCUCGAGACAAAACUCUUAUCGUUUGGAAAUUAACAAGAGACGAAACAAACUAUGGCGUUCCUCAGAAACGUCUGUAUGGCCACUCUCAUUUCAUCUCUGAUGUCGUUCUGUCUAGUGACGGAAACUAUGCCUUGUCCGGUUCAUGGGACAAAACUCUCCGUUUGUGGGAUCUCGCAGCCGGAAAGACUACCAGGCGUUUUGAAGACCAUACAAAGGAUGUCCUGUCGGUGGCCUUUUCGGUAGACAAUCGUCAAAUCGUGUCAGGCUCCCGUGAUAAGACAAUCAAGCUGUGGAACACAUUGGCUGAGUGCAAGUACACAAUUCAAGAUGAUGUUAAGGUUUGGCAUUUAACCAACUGCAAGCUCAAGAUCAACCAUCUUGGUCACUCUGGCUACCUCAACACUGUAACAGUAUCACCUGAUGGCUCUCUGUGCGCAUCUGGUGGCAAGGAUAUGAAGGCUAUGCUCUGGGAUCUUAAUGAUGGCAAGCACUUGCAUACAUUGGACCACAAUGACAUCAUCACAGCCCUAUGCUUCUCACCCAACAGAUACUGGCUUUGCGCUGCUUAUGGGCCCUCUAUCAAGAUUUGGGAUCUGGAAAGUAAGGAAAUGGUAGAAGAACUCAAACCAGAAAUCAUCAACCAAACACAAAACUCUAAAGCUGAUCCUCCUCAGUGCCUUUCUUUGGCUUGGUCUACUGAUGGCCAAACCCUGUUCGCUGGAUAUUCUGACAACAUCAUCAGAGUCUGGCAAGUUUCAGUCUCCGCACGUUGUUCUCUUGUGCGUUUUCGUCCUGGAGGAACAUCAAGACAGGAAUCAGUGUAUUCUACACGUCGGGUAAUUGUUGACUUCCUUGGGUGGAACGGUGAUGCUGAGCAGGUAGCCGGCGGCGCCGCAGCGAUGCCGCUGCCGAAGCGCUGCGUGGAGCCGGUGCACGUGUCGAGGGGCACGGUGCCCGAGAGGCUCGCGGUGCCGUCCGAGCUAGAGGCCGUCACCAACGGUACACUCGCCAACACGGUCAGGCAACUGUCGUCACUGUCGAAACAUGCUGAGGAUAUGUUCGGGGAACUGACCCGCGAGGCCACAAAUCUGGCGGAGAGGACGAACAUACUGCAAGCCAGGAUAGACCGGCUCGCUAUAAAAGUCACGCAGUUGGACUCAGGAGUCGAAGAGGUGUCCCUGCAGGACAUCCAGAUGCGCAAGGCGUUCCGCUCGUCGCGCACCUUCCAGCAGCAGCUGUUCUCGCGCGGCUCGAUGCCGUCCGCGAUGCUCGCGACGUACGCGCGCUGCGACCGGCCGCCGCCGCUCGAGAGGCUGAACGAGUUCCGGGACGACGGGCGGGACGCGCGCAAAUUCUACACGGACCCGGACUACUUCUUCGAGCUGUGGCGGCGCGAGAUGCUGCAGGACACGGAGCGGAUACAGCACGACCGCGGCAAGAAGGUGCGUCAGCCGCGCAGCGGCGGCGCGGACGGGCGGGGCACGCGACGGGUGCGCGCGCCGCACUCGACGCGCGAGCGCCAGAAGGCGGAGGCGGUGACGCGCGGCGAGCACAUUAUGGCGCCCAGCCAGCUGCGCCACUACAACAUCGACACACACUACCGCGCCGAGCCGCUGUACCAGACUACCAAUGUCACGGACGGCGGUUACAGAGCGCCUCAAAAUCGUCCACCAACAUCACAACCGGCCAGACCCAACUCCAUAGAGAUAGAGAAUCAACAAAACAGACAACCUCGUCUUACGGGCAAUGGACAUGUUGUGGCGGAGGAGAGUCCAUACGGCACAGCGGAGCCGAUCUAUGGCGGCAGCAUCGCGGGAACGCCGCGACGCGCGCGCCCCUCCGUGCCCCCUCCCGCCCCGCCGGCCCCCCCUUCGGACGAACCGGCCCUCCUCACACCCACGAGAUCGGCCCUUCCGCCCCCGCCGCCGCCGCCUGAGGGCACUUCGCCCCCGCCAAUGAUCAAUGGCGCCUCACCUCCCCAUCGCACGGCGCUCGACGCACAUCUCGAUCAGAUGCACGCCGUUAUCGGAAUGAUGUCCACGGAGGAGUCGCUGAGCCCGCCGCCGCCGCCGCUGGCGCCGACGCCGCCCGCGCCCCCGCCCGCGCCCCCCGCGCCCGGUGGCGACCGGCCGCGCGCGCCCUCCCCCGCGGCGCUGCUGCGCGGCGCGUCCGCUCUCAAGCCGCCGCGCCCCGCCGCCGAGCCGCAGCCCGACCCGCGCUCCGACCUCCUCAAGGCGAUACGGGACGGCAUAAAACUGCGCAAGGUCGAGAAGCGGUGCGACGAGAACACCGGCCGCUACGACACGCUGCGCGGCGCGCCCGCGUUCCUCGACGUGGCGUCGAUCCUGGCGCGGCGCGUCGCCGUCGAGCUGAGCGACACCAGCUCGGGCGCCGACUCGGACUCCGACGACUCCGACCAGUGGACGGAGCCGCGCGCCGCGGACUCCGGCGAGGCGGUCCCCAUCAAGAUCAAGGAGGGCGAACAGGGCGCGGCACGCGAGCAGCCGCAAAACGACAACGAACCCGAAACGGACAAGCAGUACGUGCGCAACUCGUCGUUCCUCAGUCGCGACAUAGAAGCGCACAAGACGAAGGAACCGGUGAAACGGCUCAAUCCGCAGUCGCCACCUGUUAAGGAGGAAUUGCGCGGGGCCGAGAAGGCCUCAGAGGGCGACACGCCGCCGACGAGCGCAUCGCCCCCAAAGAGGAACGUUCCUCCUCCGUUAAAGAUAGUUGAUGAUAAGCAAUCGAAGGACUGUUCGACUCCAGUUCAGUGUAAGGAUAUUAAGUCGCCACCAUUAAAGAAAGAGAUUUUGUCGCCGCCAAUGAAAAAAGAAAUUGAGACAGUGCUUUUGAAAAAUGGGUCAUCAAAGUUGAAGACCUCGUCGCCUAAUUCAGCGAAUGAAGUAUCUCCAAUAUUAAAAAAGGGACAUUCGCCCCCACCCAAAAAAGAAAUAGUAACAUCUCCCCCUAUAUUUAAGUUAAACAGAACUGACUCAAAAGCAGAAAAAAGUAGCAUUUCCAUUAAGACAUUAAAAAAGGAAUCCAUUGAUGCGAAAGAAGUACCUAUCACAGCGGAAAAACUAUCUAUAGCUUCCGGUAAUAAUGAUAAUACCAAAACAAAUGAAAAAAGUAAUGAAAAUGAAAAUUCAAAUUCGGAAAACACUGUUGUGGAAAUCAAAAAUGCAGAAGCCAAACCAGAAGAGUCAAAUGGAGUUGGGGAUAAGAUAAGGAAGUUUGAAAAAGCGGCAGAGGAUGCAAGUGCUGGUGUUGGUAGAUUGUCCCGUCCAGGUUCAGUUCGCGGAAGAUCACGAACAGACAGAUUAGGUUCAGAUGGCAAAGAAGACUUUCCACCACCUGCUACACCAUUUAAAGAUAAUGUGUUCUUUGAGCUUUGUGCGCCCAGCGAUAAAAAUACUGAGCCUCGUAGUAGUCAUCCGACACUUGAACGUCAGCAGAGUGUGACAAGGAAUUCUGUUAAAUUAUUGAAAUGGCAAAGGAGUGAGGGCAGUUCUCUUGAAGGCGAGAAAAUCAUACAUAAACCAGAGCCACAAAAAAUUGUAAAGCCCGAAUUUAAGCCAAUGCCAAUGCCAGUCGACGUCACAAUCCGUUCGCCGAGCCUUGGUGCUAAAAUCGCUGAUCAAUUUCCAUCUCAGGGCACAGCAUUUCGUAACGUCGCGUCACUGGACACAGCUCGCACCAGCAGGGAUAUUCACAAAUUCAACGAAGAUGUAAAUACUCAGAAUAACUUUAAGACAUGUAAACUUAAAAAUAAGGAGAAGUAUGCUGUAAGCAAGGGAUCUAGUUACUUCACAAGGGGUUCUGAAGAGAUUUGGUUGGUAAAGAAAAAAGACAUUGAAGAAAUUGAGGAAAGAGUACUGGAUUCAUUCCGUAGAGCUGGUGGUAAUUUGUGUAUGAGAGCUGAAUCGAUGCGUCCCUCAUCAGACAGUGGACAGAGUGUAUCGUUUUCUCAUGCAACUAUGGGACGCACCAAACGUCAGAUGUAUGCUAGAAGUGAGUCAUUAGAUCCACAAUGGGCUGGAACGAGAGCGCAGACCUUAAAACGUCAGUCUUCAGUUGCAUGUACUUGUGGACACGAUAAAAAGACUCGUGCCAAAAGCGCUGGUGCUGAAGUCAACCCCCGUCCACGCUCUCGUUCACAUGGAGACGAAAAUAAUCAAUGUCACGUCCUUGACAAGUAUGAGACACUUGUA